UAAACUUAGGGAAUCAUUCUACUGAUUAUUAAAAUCUGAUAAUGGAAGAUUUUCAGGUUGACAUUCCAGAAAUGGAAUUUCCUGAAAUGGAAUUUGAGAUGGAGGAAGGCGUUGAUGAGGAGGUUGGGGAUGAGAAUAUUGAGGACAUAGAAGUAGAAGAAUGUGAGAGUCAAAAACCAAAAAAACGUCGAGCCCCACAUAAGAGUGAAGGUCUCCGCAAAGUUCAGGUGAAAGUGAAAGACUACUUAUGCUGCUCUGUGCUCACACUCACCUUCUGCAACAUCAUGUUUCUUGGUUCGGCUGCACUGAUGUGCUCCCUUCAGGCACUGAAAAGGAAGUUCAAGAGAGAUGUUAAAGGUGCCAGGAAGUUCAGCUGCUGUGCUUGUUUUGCAAAUAUUGCCGCAGUCAUCUUGACCAUCAUCAUGGUUAUUGUUAUUGUUAUAGUUCUCGCAGAAGGUUCUAUUGCUUGUAACUAUUUCAGACUCAUCUGUUAAAGAUAAAAGUAAACCUUGCUAUCCAAAUAAUAAUCUGGUAAAUAUGUCAAAUUACAUUUAAACAUAAAGCUUUAUAUGCAAAUACCACAUCAUUCAUUUUUGCUGUUGUGAGUCAGUUUAGUCUAAUUUUAAGCAACACAAGGGUUCAUUUAGAUCAGUAGCAUAUUCCGCACAAGUUGUGGCUGCAAAUGACACUGAAGACAAAGAAAGGAAGAAUCAACCUAGGAUGUUGAACUUAAAGGUUAACAUUUUAUAGUGCUGAGACAUCAAACUGAUGUGAUUCUUUGUGAUUUGUAUGUAACUUGUAUAUUAAUUUACUUGCUUUACAUUCUGCCUUAUGUCGACUUUCAUUAUAGUCAAGACCCAUCCACACAAGUGGUUUCCCAGCAGUUACAGUAGCUGAAUCAAGAUCCUCUAUUGAAGAGAGCCUGUGUGUCUCGAGGCCUUUUCUGACAUGUGCUU